AUGUUACUGGUGGUUACUGACGCAUACAGUAAAUGGAUUGAAGUUAAGAUAACUUCAUCGACCUCAUCAGCAGCCACGAUUGAUGCCUUAGACGAGCUGUUCGCAAGUUACGGAGUUCCAAUCACGAUUGUGUCCGACAAUGGCACAGGCUUUGCAUCGGAGGAGUUCAAAGAUUACUUGACAAGAAUUGGAGUGAAAUACCACAAAUUUACUGCGCCAUACCACCCUUCUACUAACGGGCAGGCUGAAAGAUCAAUUCAGACUAUAAAAGCAGCUAUGAAAAUUAUGAAGGCGAGCAAAGAAAAUUUACAAUCGCGAUUAAAUCAGUACCUACGGCAUUAUAGAAUUCCUCCUCAUGCAACUACGGGCAAAUCCCCUGAUAUGUUAUUCCUGGGCAGGACACUGAGAACACGUUUUGACUUAAUGAAACCUGAAGAAUUCCAAUUUAGCAUGGCUGAAAAGCAGUAUAGUAAAUUCACCCCGACAUAUCGCGUUUUUGAACCAAUGCAGGAGAUAUACUUUCUAUCUAACAACAAAAGAAUGAACAAGUGGCUUAAAGGCAUUAUAGUGCGGCGAACGGGUGACGUGCAUUACGAAAUUUUACAUGAAGGGAAGGAGGUUAGACGGCAUGUUGAUCAGAUACGAGGCAGAGUUUCAAAUAGGAGAAAUGGAGGUAAAGUGGUGACCAUUGCUCCUACCGAGUCAAGAAAUGUUAUUCGAUGCUCGUCACCUCCUCAGUCACACUCAACGGCGCAAGGAUCAAUCGACAAUUCGGAUGACGAGAACAUAGUUACAAGUGAUCAUUCUCUGGGAGAGAUUGAACCUGAAGAAGCAACCCUGGAAGACGGAUUUAUAACCCCGCAGUCCGAUUUUCAUGGAUUUACCAGUGGUAACAUUGAACGUACUUCAAAUACACCCCAGCAAGAACCUUGUGUCCUACCACGGAGAUCGUCAAGGCCAAGACGGCAAAGAGUCCUUUUCUCUCCACAAUAA